UGAAUCAUUCAGUGAAUCGUAGUUAAAAUUAUGGCGGCAAAACGUGUAAACAUCGUCGUUGCUGCUUGCAAUAACCAAGGAAUAGGCAUAGAUGGGCGCAUUCCUUGGCGUCUGAAAAAGGACAUGGCGAUGUUUAGAAGAAUUACAUCAUCUACGAACGACAACAAGCAAAAUGCUGUCAUCAUGGGCCGAAAAACGUGGCACUCAAUUCCGGAAAAGUUCCGACCUUUACCGAACCGAUUUAACAUUGUUUUGAGUAACUCAAUGAAGGAAUCCCCGAUCGGCGUGCACUUGGUGAGAAGUUUCCAAGAGGCGAUGGAUUUGGUAAACAAUGGAGAGCUCUCCGAUCGCGUGGAAUCCAUUUUUGUGAUCGGUGGAUAUUCCGUCUAUAGAGAAGCAAUGGCGUGGCCUAGCUGCAGGGUUUAUUUGACCCGGGUGUUGGCAGAUUUUCAUUGCGAUACCUUUAUGCCGGACAUAAGCGCCGAAUCUUUCAGAAAGACUGAUAACCCAAAGUGGCUGCCAGACACAGAGCAAGAAGAAGGAUCCAUCAAAUUCAGUUACGAAGUGUACGAUAAACACUAAAAAAACACUGCAUUAACAAACAAUGUGUAGUAAUUAUGACUGAUGAUAGAUUUGUAUAAUAUACAUGUAUGUAUCUAAAUGUUGCAUUUAUUUGUUAAAUCUAUAGUCAGUUGAGGUAUGUUUAUCGGCUUAACAUUAGACUGUUCGUACCUUUAUAAUUUACCAUUUCAUGAAAGUUAACAAAUCUUGAAAUCAUAUAGUUCGUUUUUUGUGUUUUUUUCGUUUUUAACUAGAUAUUAAAUAUGCUCGUUCC